AUGAAGCUCGCCGCCGUCCUCUCCGCCGUUGGCCUCGCCAGCGCCCACACCAUCUUCUCCUCUCUCGAGGUCGGUGGCGUGAACCAGGGCCUCGGCAACGGUGUCCGCGUCCCCUCGUACAACGGCCCCAUCGAGGACGUCACCUCCAACUCCCUCGCCUGCAACGGCAACCCCAACCCCACCUCUCCCACAAACACCGUGAUCAACGUCCAGGCCGGCCAAAACGUCACCGCCAUCUGGCGCUACAUGCUGAGCAGCACCGGCUCCGCCCCCAACGAUGUCAUGGACUCGUCCCACAAGGGCCCCAUCCUCGCCUACCUCAAGAAGGUCAGCGACGCCAAGACUGACUCCGGCGUCGGCAACGGCUGGUUCAAGAUCCAGGAGUACGGCAUGGACUCCUCCGGCGUCUGGGGUACCGAGAAGGUCAUCAACGGCCAGGGCCGCCACGAUAUCCGCAUCCCCGCCUGCAUUGCCCCCGGCCAGUACCUUCUCCGCGCCGAGAUGAUCGCCCUGCACGGCGCUGGUAGCUACCCCGGUGCCCAGUUCUACAUGGAGUGCGCCCAGAUCAACGUCAUUGGCGGCACCGGCGCCAAGACCCCUCCACCGUCAGCCUGCCCGGCGCCUACUCCGGAGCCGACCCCGGUGUCAAAAUCAACAUCUGGUACCCUCCUGUCACCAACUACGUCGUUCCCGGACCCAGCGUCUUCACCUGCUAAGCGGCGCAAUCUUGUUCGCUCGCAAGAGCGUAAACUCGCAACAUCUUCAAAGGUUGCCGGAAUAUUGAAUCCGCAAGCUUGA